GUCCGCGGUAUCAAAUUCACAAUUCGAAGAAAUAUCAACCCAAAUAAUGCUCGAGCAACUUCCGUGUUGAAGGUUACAAGCGUUGGGUCUCAGUGACAUCGGAAACACAGCGGGCGGAAACCAGAUGACGCCGAUUGGACGCCCGCUGAAUCGCGCAAGCCGUACAUUGCACCAUCUAAACGGCUGUUCCUUGGUUCGGCUUUGUUGCUGCGAACGUGGGGAAGCCGCUCACGUUGCCGUUUCAAAGACUGAAGAUUUCGUUCCUCGCUUCCUGAACCACAAGAUCUCCGUGGAGGAAACAUCUCCACUUCGUAGCUUUCGUGCAUCAUGCCUUGACCGCAAUGCCGAAGCAAAGCCCUCAGGCGUUGAGGCGCAAGGACGAGCAUAUGGCGGACCUCGUACUCAUCCUUCGAAUAUUUGCGAGGACACAGCUGCACUGCAACAGCUGAAUGAAGCGUCACAGUACUCACCCUCUACACUCCUACUUUCCGUAGUUGGACAGACCCUUUCUUGCAAAGUUACAAAAAUCUAUUUCCAUCUUUAGGGCAAUUUCACUUUUGUUUCUUGCUAUAAAGAGAGCGUUGUGAAUAGUCAUUCUUGCGUUUGGUACGCUCUCAAGGAAACAAUAUUGUCACAAGUUCUCUGACUGCCAUGCUAAGGACAUGGAAACAGUUGCAUACAGGUUUAUCUUUGCAUGCUCAUACACGGUUGACUGGAUGGGAGAUCGAGUCAAAAGAUCCAGAUCUCAAGUUGUGUCCUUGAGAUACAUCUCCGGUGCAAAAUUGCUUUUGAACAUCAUGUAAAUAUUCAUAGCACAAAACGAC